AUGUCUGCCCUUGCCCCCACUGCAGCAAAGCAGACCAUGGGGCCAACACGUAGUCAUCUGGGAAAGCCGCACCAGCAGCCGGCAAAUCACUUUGGCUCCUCCUCGCCGCCCACCUCUGCUGCUUCCCGCGCCGCCACCGAGCCACCAACAUUUUAUCCUCGCUUUGGUCUUUCAAAGGUGUCCAUGAGCCAGGUGGAUCAAGUGCACCAAGUGAGCGACCUGGGCCAACGCAGCUCGGUCGAUGAAAUGGCCAACCGGCGUGGCGCCAACCCGGCAAGUCCACAAUUAGCAGCAAAGGCAAGCACAAAGAAGAGGCCAAAGGUCCAGCAGCCUGGCUUGGUGCCGUACGGCUCCUCUUCGCCACCAGCUUUGCCCUCGCCAGCACCCUCGCCUGCACCGCCAGCGCUCAUCAAACCUGCUCGCCCUCCUCGCUGCGUGCAGCGGGCCACCUCUCCAGCACCCUCAGCAUCUUCUGCUGGGUCAAAAAAGAGCACGAGGCUCAGCGCACGCCGGCUGGCAGCGCAAACGUCAACGCCAAUGCUUGGCCUAGGGUCAAGCUCAUCGACCCUCAAGCUUGAAGCGAUUGACAGUUGCACCGACAGUGAGCAGUGGGCAGCCAGGGCCGCCUCAUUCGUCGAUCCUCCCACUGUGGUGGAGUGCGGCACUCUCCACGCAGCCCACUACACGGCAGUUGCGUAUGCAGCCCUAAGAGCUCGCACCACCAAGCUCAACAUGCGCAAAUGCCUUGGUCGCUACCAAAUCCACCAGCACAAAAGUGGCUACGAGUACCAGCAUCCUCUGGGAACGCAAACGUACGCCACUCUGGAGGAAGCGAUCGAUGGGAGGGAUCAGGCAGAGAGACAACCGGAAGGCGCCAGGUUCAGCAACGUGAGUGCUCAUUGGAGUGGACCAGCACAUCCUCUCCUAGAGCAGCAAUGGCCCUUUCUGGCACACGUCCAAGUCCAGCGCACCGAGACGCAAAUGUCCUUCGUUGUUGUGGAGCAGAUCAUCGGCACCGUGCCCAUGCCGGCUGUCAGGUUCACAGCUCAUCGUGGUGGUGCAGGCCCACGUCUGGCCCAAGUUGCAGGCAGUGGUGCUGCAAUCCGCAUCGAGGCCAAGCCACUCGGUGCCUGCUGGGAGAUCAUUGCCCGGCUGGGCUACACCUUGGUCCCUCGUCAUGUGCCCCUUCCACGACCACAGGAAGCAAAAAUGGUGCAACAAGCGGCAACACUGCAGUCAUACCUGGAGUCGAUUUGCUGCAAGAGGCUACAGUAUGACCCUGCACCAGACGGGCACUGUGGGUUCAGAGCAGUGGCGCAAGCCAGCAUGGGCAGCGAGGAUGAGCAGCAAUGGAUACGCCAGCGCUGUCAUUGCAUCGUUUUGGACCACCCUGCCCUCUGGUCUGGCAUCUGUGCGGAGCUCCUCGAACCUCACAGCUCUGCCACGCAGGAGCUGCUCUACGUCAACCCCCCACCAGGUCCUCCUGGCAACUGGGGCUGGUUCAACGCCCACCUGCACUCUCUGCUUGUGGCAUCGGCCUUUGACUCUGUGGUCGUCACCAUUGUGCCUGCGUCCCCGCAGGCUGCUGCUGCACCUCUGCCCACAGAGCAAGAGGAUGACGAGGUGGUCAUACAGCGCACAUUCAAGAGCAGGCAAAGUGCUCACCAGCAGUGA